GGCCGUGUCGCGAGGAAACCAGACAAAUUAAAACCGGUGCCGUUGGUUUCUGGCUCUCGAUUUCUUUCACUCGGAAUCCGGCCGAGAUAUCGCCGUUAGAAAAUCGCUCGGCGAUCGUCCGCUUGUUCCGCGAAAGAAAACGUCGUCGACGGGCGGUGAACGAAAGCGGAAGAAAAGCGCGUUCGAGCCGAAAACGCGUAAAGUUCGCGACGCUAUAGAGCAACGAUGCGAUUUGUCGGAUAAAACCGGCGGAGAAUUUUUGUGCAAUUUAACCACGAGUUUGUAAAUUAAAUCCGUGGAUUUAGAAGUCGACGCGAAAAGUCCGACGUUAUGAAAGCGACAGCGUUGCAACUGUUUCUCGUUCUCGGAGCGGCUCGCGCCGACGAGGUGGUGCGAUACGACGGCUUCAGAUUGUACAAGAUCUUUGUUCCGGGCAGCGAGGGCCUCGCGGUACUCAAGAAAAUGCAGGACGACGACGGCUACACUUUCUGGGGGCAGCCGCGGGUCAACGACACCACCGACGUUAUGAUGUCGCCGAGGAAGAUCGAGGAGUUCAUGAGCAUCAUGAACGCCACACAAUUAGACCCGGAAUUGAUGAUGGACAACGUGCAACGGUACAUCGACGACGAGAAUCCACGACGGAAUACGAGGGGAGCGUUCGAUUGGUUUGGUUACCAUCGGCUGGACACGAUUUAUCGUUGGCUCGACUCGCUGGUCGCGCAGCAUCCAGAAAUCGUGCAACCCUUGACCGGCGGCCGCAGCUACGAAGGGAGAAGCAUCAGAGGCGUGAAAGUUUCGUUCAAGGAAGGGAAUCCGGGCGUGUUCAUCGAAGGUGGAAUUCACGCCAGAGAAUGGAUAUCGCCGGCCGUUGUAACGUACAUCCUGAAUGAAUUAAUACUGAGCGAGGAUCCCCGUGUCCGAUACAUGGCUGAGUCUUACGACUGGUACAUCUUCCCGGUAUUCAACCCGGAUGGUUACGAGUACACGCAUACCAGGAAUCGACUAUGGCGGAAGACUAGGCAGCCAAGCAGAGGGGGAUGCUAUGGCGCCGAUCCGAACAGAAAUUGGAACUUCCAUUGGGCAGAGGGUGGCACCAGUUCGAAUCCGUGCAGCGAGAUCUACCACGGCAGCAAGCCGUUCUCCGAAACGGAGACGAGGACCAUGUCGGAGUACAUCGACAGCAUUCAGGAGAAGCUGUUCUCGUACAUAGCGUUUCACAGUUACAGCCAGCUGUUGCUCAUCCCUUACGGGCACACGAGAAAAAGGGUCGAGAACUACGCGGAUCUGUAUCAAAUCGGGAACGCCUCCGUGAACGCCCUGUCGAAGCGAUAUGGGACCAGAUACAAAGUCGGGAACAUCGUCGACGUAAUAUAUGUUGCAUCCGGUGGAUCCAUGGACUGGGUGCGGGGAACAUACAAGAUUCCUGUAACAUUCACGUACGAGCUUCGGGACACGGGACGAUACGGUUUUAUUCUGCCGGCAAGCCAAAUAAUACCAACUGCGGAGGAAACGAUGGAUUCUUUGGUUGCCAUGUUCCAGCACGCCGCGGAACUCGGUUACGGAUCAUCCUCGACGAAAUGAGACAACGGUACAUAUUCGGUUCUACAUGGAUGAUGUUUUAAAGAGGGAAUAUAACGAAUCUCGCUUAAGCGUGACACUAUUGUACGACGGUAUCGAUCGCAAAGAUCUGAUUAUAAUAUACAUUAUAAUUACACGUUAAGGUAUAUAAUAUACAUUAUAAUUUCAUUAAGGUAUAUAAUAUACCUUAUGAUUACAUUAAGGUAUAUAAUAUAUCUCAUAAUUACAUUAAGGUACAUAAUAUACAUUAUAAUUAUAUUAAGGUAUAUAAUAUAUCAUAUAAUUACAUGUUCGUAUAUACUAUAAUUUACAUUGAGGUAUAUAAUGUACCUGAUAAUUACAUGAUCAUAUAUAUAAAUGUAGAAAUUGUCCAAUAUUUAAACAAUAUUGAAUCUGUAGAGACUAGGAAAGGACUGAGCGUGAUGUGAAGACAGAGAAUAUCGCGUACCGUAUCUACAACUAAGAUUAUAACUACUCGUUUAACUCUA